AUGAAACAAGAACUUGAAACUAUCACGCAAUUUUUCGGAUUUUUUUGCGGAAAUCAAUUGCCUCCGAAUCUGACGGACACUCUCGGAACAGCGGAGUGUCGUUGCGAAUGUCUAAGUCGCCAAAAAUCGAUUCGGUGUGAAUACAAAAUUAUGAAGGAAAAUAGUAAUAAAUUAGAAACGGUACAUGGCACAAUGAAAGCAAAGGGAGACGGAUCAGACGAGAAACCACAGAAAAAUCGAUGGGAUAGGAGACGGAAACGGGUGGAAACGUGA